AUGUCGGAUUUUGGAGAAGAUGAAAUAAUUGAUUACGAAUCGUUGCCAUCAUCAUCACCGGUAUCGCACCAAUUGAUGGCUGGUGCAUUUGCAGGUAUAAUGGAGCAUUCUAUAAUGUUUCCCAUCGAUGCAAUUAAAACAAGAAUGCAAUCAGAAACACUUGGUGCCAAAGUUAAUAACAGUAAGGCUAUUAUGCAACGCAGCAGUUUAUUAAAAUCAAGUAUAAUUAAAACUAUAGCAUCCAUAGCUACCACAGAAGGUUCAAUGUCCUUAUGGAGGGGUGUACAAUCUGUUAUACUUGGUGCAGGCCCAGCACACGCAGUUUAUUUUGCAACUUACGAAAUUGUAAAGGAAAAAUUGACAAAUAAGUACAUUUAUAAUAAUAAUAAUAAUAACAAGGAUCAACAAUAUAUGGCGCCUUUAAUAACAGGUUUUAGUGGUAUGUGUGCUACUGUUGCUGCCGAUGCACUAAUGAAUCCAUUCGAUACAAUUAAACAAAGAAUGCAAUUAGUUGCCGCAUCAAAGGAACAAUCCUCUCCAUUGGAAUCAAAUGAAAAAUCUUCUAAACUAAAUGCUCAAGUAAAACCAAAAAACGACAGAAUGCUUAGUGUAGCUUCCAAAAUAUACAAAAACGAAGGAUUCUUAGCAUUUUAUUACUCAUAUCCAACUACAAUUGCAAUGAAUAUUCCAUUUGCAGCACUAAAUUUUAUAAUAUAUGAAUCUACUACUAAAUAUUUCAAUCCUUCAAACACAUACAAUCCGUGGAUACACUGUUUGUGUGGUGGUAUCAGUGGUGCCACUUGUGCUGCCAUAACCACCCCAUUAGACUGUAUUAAGACUGUUUUACAAGUACGUGGUAGUGAACAAGUUACUCAACCCGUUUUUAAAGAAGCGGCUACUUUAAAGAAGGCUGCAAGUGCCAUAUACAAAGUUUUUGGUUGGAAAGGUUUUUGGAGAGGUUUAAAACCAAGAGUUAUUAGUAAUAUCCCGGCCACUGCUCUUUCAUGGACUGCUUAUGAAUGUGCAAAACAUUUUUUAUAUAAUAAUUCAAUUACUAACAACAUUUGA